CCAUUUGUGAUUUAUUCAUUGUAAGUUUCCCACAUAGUUCUCUCUCUUGUCGACGAGAUUACUGUGGUGGUCGUGCUCGCUGUCUAUUCCAUUCCUGGUUAUCUGGAACGCAAAACAGCCGCAAUUGCAGCCAACUUUGUAUUCUGAUAUUUAUCUUAAGCCGAGGAAGAGAUGAAUUGGAUUCAGCGCAAGAUCUACCUUUACAAUGUGACUUUCGGUCUCUACAUGUUGGAUUGGUGGGAGCGUUGUACUUUCAAUAUUUUGGUGAUUGUAUUAAUGUGUUUUGUCGUUCGAUAUGUUACUCAGUUCUUCAAGAGGUAUGUGUGGUAAGAAACAAAAUCCAUUCUCACGUGAGGAAGCAAAUGUAGAUUGUUACUUGGAAGUUUAAAUUAGUUGCAGCCGGUGUAUUUGGUAUGGCUGACUAGGGAAUAUCUUGAUAUAGCCUGACUUAGAAUUUCUUAAAGCUACUUUUCAUGCCAACUAUACACCGUCAUGAAUCUUAUUUGAACAUUUCUUUACUUAUUUUCUUGUAUGGAUUCCGUUUGAUAUUCUUUACGUUGUAAUAAUUAUAUUAUUAUUGGGAAUGUUAGUUUAGACUUUUAAA